UACAAUUUACUAAUUUACUUUCAAUUUCAAUGUGGUCAAAGUGUUCAGUAAAAAAUUACAAAUGAUAAUAAAUUUAUAAAAAAAACAAACACAAUGGAUAUAAUAAUUGAUACAAAAGGUCAGGAAGAUCUUAGAGAAAAGUCAAAAUUAGUGGAAAGCGAUGAUGAUUUGGAUUUCGAUGGAGUCGACUUCGAUCCAUCAAAAAUAAAACUACAAGUCCAAAAAACAAAGAAGGAAAAAAUAAAUCCCACCAAAGAUUUCGAUCUGGAAGAAUUCGAAAGAGACAUGGGUUGGACUAACGAAAGACGAAAACAACCGGCAAACGUUACAAAUACUGAAAAAAUGCUUCAAGAAAUAGAUCCAAUAAAAAAAAUUCUCAAAAAAUCAUCAAUUAAACCAGGUUUUGAAAAAUUGAAAAAAAUACCCGGCUACGAUGUAAGCGACAAGAAAUUAAAGGAAAGACGAAAGCGCCAACGUGACAAAACAAAAGGAAAACAAUGGUUCAAUUUGCCAGCACCCGAAAUGACGGAGGAAGUGAAACGUGAUCUGGAAAUAAUUCAAAUGCGAUCGGCUCUCGAUCCAAAGCAAUUCUACAAGCGAAACGACAUGAAAACAUUGCCAAAAUACUUUCAAAUUGGAAAAGUUGUCGAUUCACCAUUGGAUUAUUACAGUGGUCGUAUGACAAACAAGGAACGUAAACGUACAAUUGUCGAUGAACUCAUGGCAGACGCAGAAUUCGCCAAAUACAAUAAACGCAAAUACAAAGAAAUAAUUGAGGAGAAAAAUAAACGUAAUUAUAAGGCACACAGACACGCGAAACGUCUCAAGUCAAAGAAGAGAUAAUUUAAUUUUAUCGGUAUAGUAUUAAAAAUUAAUUUCUCAUUAUUUUUUCUUCGUUUUAUAUUUUCAAGUAUAAAAAAGUACUCAGUUUUUUCACAAAUGUACAAAGUAUUUAUAAUAAUUAAAUAUAAUGAUUUAAAAUCCUCCCGCAA